AUGGCGACGGCUACUCCCAGGAUAGCCAUCAUUGGUGCCGGACCUGGUGGGCUGAUGCUUGCAAGUAUUCUACAUCACAAUAACAUCUCCUGCACAAUAUAUGAGCGUGAUAGCAGCGCCGUUGCUCGCAGCCAAGGCGGCACCCUCGACAUCCAUGAACACUCUGGACAGCAGGCUCUCAAUGCGGCGGGCCUCCUAGAUAAGUUCCGCGCCACCAUGAGGCUAGGGGGUGAGGCUAUGAAGGUCAUUAAGAAGGACGGCACCGUCUUAUUCGAAGAUAACGGUGAGCGCGAGGAGGAAGCCCGAGAAGACACAUCGGAUCAAGAGGGCGGGGAAGCCACAAGCAAAUUCAUCAAAGGACGACCGGAAAUCGAUCGCCCAGCUCUGAAAGACCUCUUGAUUGAUAGUUUACCUGCCAAUACGAUCCAUUGGGGCAAGAAAGUGACAUCCAUGGCCCCCGUUCCGGACUCCAAGCAAUGGCGCGUCGAACUAGACGACGGUUCUCAUCCCGCGCCUUUCGACCUCAUAAUCGGUGCCGAUGGCGCCUGGUCGCACACGCGCGCGCUGCUCACGGACCAGCAACCCUUUUACUCGGGCGUCACUGCCCUCGAUGUCUGGGUCCAUAAAGUCGACGAGGUCGCGCCCGACGUAUCUUCGUUCGUGGGCCCGGGAAACUGCUUCCUGUGGGGUGAAGACCGCGCCUUGCUGUUCCAGCGGAAUGGCCAGGGCAAUGAGGCGGAUGCUCGAUGCUACGCUUGCGUCAAGACUGACUCUAGGACCGCGCCUAGCGCUCAUGCUCUCCUCGGCGAGGAGAAUGAAGGGGUGGAAAUUGAUUGGGCUGAUACGCGGGUGCGAGAGAAAUACGUCGACAGACACUUUGGGGAUUGGUAUCCCGAGGUGAAGCGCAUUGUCCUCGCCAUGACUGACGAGCCCGUGCUUCGCCAUCUGUACAUGUUGCCUGUGGGACUUACCUGGGAGUCUCGUGCUGGGGUCACGCUGGUCGGCGACGCGGCGCAUCUUAUGACGCCGUUUGCAGGUGUCGGUGUCAAUGUCGCUUUGAUGGAUGCGCUUGAGUUGGCGCAGGGUAUCAUUGGCUGUGUGAGGACGGGAAGUGUGGAUGGUGAAGGUCUGACGGCUAUGCUGCAACUGUAUGAGAAGGGGAUGUUUGCCCGGUCGAGCGUAGAGGCUGCUCAGACGGAAGCAGCCAUGCAUCUUCAGUUUCAGGAGAACGGCGCGGAGAAGGUGGUUGAGAUUAUGGGUGGUGGCUUGCAGCCUGAUCAGAUAGUGUUUGAGUAAGCGUAAGGAGGUUGUAUAUGGGAACCGCUUGUAUUGUAGAUCUGAGGGCUAUUGCAGAUCUUGAAUCUUUUGUGCCAAUAUCUUGUUCGAGGUCACGGACAUUCCAUAUCUCCGUCAAAUUAGGUGCUUGAUCUUUCAGGGGAAGAUAUAUUCUCCUCUACGAUUGGAUAUGAUGCUAUCACUCAACCGUAGUCAUAGUAAUAGAACUACAUCCUCUAGUAGCAAAAAUCGACUGAUCGAUCGUAGCUGUAGAUCUCCAUCAUUUAUCGAAGGAAAUGCGAGAGAGAGAAAAAACCUUCCCCAAAAAGACAAUACGCCCAAAAAAAAAAACACGUAUCAAAACGUACAACACCGAGGAUUCGCUGGUCGUCACCGACCCAACUACUAAUUCGGCGCUCACCGGCUUAUCUAUGGGGGAGCGGACGGGACCCCGAGUUCUCCGGUGGCUAUGGUCGUACGUGGCAGAAUAUGGACUUGUGAUGCCUUAUAUACUUACGGAACUUGCCCAGGAGGCUCUGGACAUGUUGAAGCCUCAACGUGGACUUCUUUGUUGGACGAAGAGAUAAGCCGCAUUGCGCAAGUGGAGAGAUGUUAAGGCUAGUAAGCUUUUUGGGUAUAUUGAAUGAAGUAGAGACCAUAUGACUUUUCUGGCGAUUGUGUGCAAGAAAGUGAUAAGAUCUAUU